AUGAAUUCAUCGUAUUAUUUUUCGAAAAUCUAUGUGCUAAUAUUUGCCCUCUGUAUUUUUUUCAUUUUUAUAAAUUUUCCAAAAAAUGAAAAUCCACCGGCUCAAUCAAGUUUUCCUGAAUCCACAUCUGGAAAUAAAAUAAUUUCGGCCCUCGAAAAAUUCCAAGAUUGCUACAACUCCAAAGUGUUCACCUUCUCAAAUAAUUCGAAAGAUAUUUGGAGCAAUAUUGAAAUCAUUGCUCAUAUUUGUGAUGGUUUUGGUGGGAAUUUGGAUUUGAGGCCGUUGAGAAAUCGAGAUGAGACAAAAUGGUUGGCUUUUCCGAAAAAAACGAAUUUGGAUAGGAAUUUUACGAUGGUUACGUUGGGAAUUGCGAAUGAUAUUACUGCGGAGAUCAAGUUGAGAGAUGUGAGUUUUUUUGAAAAUUUCAGCUUCUCAGAUUUUAGAAUUCGAAAGAUUCUGAAAACUUCAAGUUCCUCUAACUCUAAGAACUAUAUAUUUUCUUAAAAAGCCUUAUGAAAUCCAAAAAACUUUUAAUUUUUGAAAAAAAUUUUCGAGUUUUGAAAAAUUGACUCUGAAGCUUGAGGGCUCAAAACAUUUUCGAAAAUCAAGUUUAAUUCCAAGGUCAAUUUUCAUCAGAAAUCACUUCAGAAGCUUCAAAAAUCUCGAUUUGUCAUCAUUUUUGGCUGAAAAUCUUUAAAAAAAAUCUAGAAAGUUAGGAUAACUCUGCCGCUGCGCGGAAGAUAGUGCCGCUUACGCGGAAACUUGCGGUCUACACUGGCUUCGCUCGAAAAAAAUCCAAUCAAAAUCAUAUUUUGUUCGAGCGGAGCGAGUGUAGACCGCAAGCUUCCGCGUCAGCGGCACUAUCUACCGCGCAGCGGCUACGUUACCACAACUUACUCAAUUAACCGAAGAAGUUACCUUAACUUGGCCGCUGCGCGGAAGCUUGCGGUCUACACUCGCUCCGCAAGCUUCCGCGUAGCGGCCACGUGGAUUACUAUAAUGUGUAGUAAUCCGCGUGGCCGCUUCGCGGAAGAUAGUGCCGCUUACGCGGAUUCUAGACUUCCAAAAUCCACGUGGCAAGCUUUCCAGAUCCUCCCCCAAACCGAUUUCUUCGGAGCCGAUCCCACCAACAUGUCCCAAAUCUACACCCAACUCGGCCAACACUUCCAAUUCGGAGUAUCCGGAAAAACCGGUCUGAAAAACACGAGAAUCUACAAAAACCCGAAAAUGGCUUUGGAAGAUGAUGUGAAAAAUGUGAAUUUUGUGGAGUUUAUUGACGAAUAUGUGCAAAGGAAAUUGGUGCAUUUUUUGUGGAUUGAUAUUGAAGGAGGGGAAUUUGAAAUAUUUGAAAUGUUGUAUAGAAAUGGAGACAUCGAUACAAAUCACAUUGAUAUUUGUCAAAUUAAUUUUGAGGUGGGGGAAUUUUUCAGAAGAUGAUUUAGAUAGAAGAAGUUCAGAGAUCUCCUGAAUUUUUUUGGAAACUUUUGAAGUAUUUUAGAAGAUCUAGAGGGACUUGAAGAUAAAAAAUCUAAAAGUUAUCGAAGCUCUGAAGAUCUAGAAGUUACCUGAACUUCUGAGAUUUUCUUCUAGUUUUUUUUCGAGAAAUUUUGAUAUAUUUUCUGCAAUUUCUCGUCGAAUAUGAUGUUUCCAAUAAAAUUUCGGUGAAAAAUUCAAAAAUUCUGCAAUUUUUCGUGAAAUCCAGCGUUUUUCAUGGAAUUUUAAGCAUUUUUGUGUCACAAAUAAAUUCUUAAAAAUUCCACAAAUUGUUUCAAAAGCCUGGGAAAGUUACCUGAACUCCAGAGUGAUUCUGAAGAAAUUCUAGGCAAUCUGGGAAACCCAGAAUCUUGUGAACUUCUGAUAAGUUCCAAAAAUCCCCCAUUUUUUUUCAGAUCCAUCAAAAAACCCUUGAAGAAAUCACAAAUGAGGCCGAGAGAUUUCAAAAUUUCAUCCGAAAAAUCGUCACCGACGGAAAAUAUGCAAUUGUGAAGGCGUUCAAUGUGCGAAAGCAGAAUUUUGUGCGAAUUUUUCUGGUCAACAUUGAAAAUGCGGAGUGUCGUAGGCUAUUUAUUGAUUGA